GCAGGCUGAAUGCAAGAGCUUUCGCAAAGCUCCAGUCCAGUCCCAGAUAAUGCCACCUAGGGUGCUCAGUUUGCGUGUUUUGUCGGCUGCCGCGAAAGGGGAAGCGCUUCCAUUUCAAGGUGUUCCCGAUGUCUUGAUCGACAACGUCUACUUUGCCAUAUCAGUUCCAUUGGAGUGGAGCGAUGAGAAUUCUACUUGCUCUACUACGUCACCUGGCGCGCUGGAUUCGUUUGUGGUGUCGGUUGGCGGGGACGUUGAAUGCGAACGCCAAGUUCUGAUGAACGAGACGGGCGAUGUGUCCGUGAGGAUCAAGUUCCUGGGAGCGUUCAAGGAGCAGACCGUCCGAGUGAGCAUCGAAGGUUGGUGGGAUUCUUCUGGCCACUGCGGCGCUUUGUCUGUUGAGCACACCCAGUACGUUUACAGUAGGCACGUUUGCAUCUGCCCCUUGCUGGUGGUGCUCGUCGUGACGCCGCUCACCCGGGAGAUGUAUUUCUCGCUCGGCUUGGGCGGGUUCGUUGGGACGUUGAUUUUGAAGCGAAAUGUGUGGGACGCUUGGACAGGAUAUUUCCAUAAUGGGCUCACUGCUCAGUUAUCGGGUGGAUUCUCUCAGAUUCUGCUGGCCAUGCUGUUGAUCGGUGCCAUCGGGGGACUGGCUGCCAGGUCUGGUGGCAUCAAGGGCCUUGGGCAGGCAGCGGCGCAGUACGUGGUCGACUCGUUCUUCGGGCAGGCAGUUGUCUUUCUCAUGGGCUUCGCCGUCUUCAUGGACGACUACGCCAACACUAUCAUCGUGGGAUUCUCCCUGAGAUCGGUCACCGACACCAUGCGCGUCUCGCGCGAGAAACUGUCCUUCCUCGUCGACUGCACCGCGUCGCCGGUGGCGGGGGUGAUGCCGCUGAGCACGUGGAUCGCCCACGAGGUGGCUCAGAUCCAGAUCGGCGUGGAGGCCAUGCGGGACCCCUACACGGAGCAGAGCCCAUACCUGUCGGCGCGCACAAGGGGGUAGGUGGGGAGGGGGGAAGGCUUCCUAGAAGGAGCCUGUUGCUUCGAAGGUGCAGGCACCAACAUCUCUAGAUGAGGCCCGCGCCUGAUGAGAAGCCCUCCCCCCCCUCCCCUCCGCCCCCCAAUCCUGCGCGCGGCCAGCAUACUUCCUCUUCCUCAUGUCGAUACCCAGGCGCUUCUACUCCUGGUUCAUGCUCAUCUUCGUGGCGAACACCAUCCUCUCGGGCCGCGACUGGGGCCCGAUGCACGCGGCGGAGCGGCGCGCGCGCCAGGGGCGGGGCGUGGCCGCGGCGGGCUCGGCCGCCGGGGAGGCGCCCGAGGAGCCGCCGCCGUACUACACCCAGGUGCAGACGGAGACGUUCGCCAUGAUCGGGAUCAAGCCAGGUAUACCGUGUCGCAUGGUGAACGCGGCGUUGCCGUUCUUCAUCUUUGUGGUGCUCUUUAUACCGCUGCUCUUCUACCACGGCGCGGAGGUCGGCUGCGACGGCGGGGCGGGCUGGGGCGGGUCCGCUAGGGACAUCAUCGGCUGCGCGGAGGCAUUCCCGGUGCUUCACUGGACCGCGGCGACAGUCAUAUGCUUCCAGAUUGUCUUCUACAUGUGCCAGUACGAUAAGGCCUGGGGUGGGUGUUUGCUGCGGCCCGCCGAGUCGAUCGACGCGGCCCUGAACGGCAGCAUCCUAUACUUCAAGGCGGCGGUGGCGCUCCUGCUGGCGUUCACGUACGCCCAGACGGUCAAGGACUUGCAGCUCGGCGUCUACCUGGUGGACCUGCUCGGGGACAGCGUGUCGGAAGCCGAGUUGCCAAUGCUCGUGUUUAUCCUCUGCGCCAUCUUCUCCUUGGCCACAGGCACCUCCUGGGGCACGAUGACGGUGUUCAUGCCCGCUGUGAUUCCGUUGGCAGAGGCUGUCGGGGGGAGCAGGAAUGUCGACCUUUUGGUCACCACCAUGUCGGCAGUAUUGGGCGGAGCGGUGUGGGGCGACCACUGCUCCCCCGUGAGCGACACCACCAUUCUCUCGGCGGCAUCCUGUCAGGUCUCCCUGAUGGACCACGCGAAGACGCAGAUCCCCUAUGCGCUCUUCAGCGGGCUGGCGGCCAUCCUCCUCGGCUUCUGGCCCUGCGGCGCCGGGGUCCCCAGCGGCGUCUGCAUACUGAUCGGCUUGGUGGUCAUCCCGCUGCUGCACUACCUGCUGAGCCUCCUCGGGAGAGUGAUCCCUGGCUUCGGAGGCACCGUCGAGGUCUACCACCCGCUGCGGGGCCGGAGCAUCGGCGAGGGCUUCGCCGGAACGAGGGCCGCGCUGCGGAGCGCCGUCGCCCGAGCAGCGGGCGUCCCUCACCGCCUCGCCGGCGAAGGCGUACGCGCUCGGCGGCGACGCCGCGCGGCCCGUGGGCCCCACGCCGUCGGCCCUGGGGGCGCGCUGCUCCUUCGAGGAGGCCAGGCUCCAGCCCGUCGUGGCCGACGCCCCCGCCGCCGCCUCGCCGCCGCGGGGAGGCGCGGGCGACGCCUGCCUCCGGCCUGCGGCUGCUGCCCCGGCCGUCGCCGCCGACCCGCCGCCGCCGCGGGGAGGCGCGGGCGAGGAGCGGCGGGUCGGAGAAGACUUGAGUCCCGCCGCCGCGGGUGCCCGCAGGCAAGGCGGCCAGGCUGGCCUUCUCGGCUGCCGCGGGUGUCUGCGCGCCAUGGCCUGAGUGCCGUUGCCGUGCGCUCCCGGAACCCUGCCCGAGCGGGUCGGUGUGUGCAGCUGCGCGCCUCCGGAAGCACGCGGUCUCGGAGGCCAGGACGUCCACAUCUCCGCUCUGGCCCCUCGGGGGGGUCGGGGCGUGAGCAGGGGCAGGGAUGAAGCCUCGAGCGCCCACGGGGAACUCGAAGGGAGGCGAGGCGGCACAGUCCUCUCGCCGGAGUGGCCCGUGGCGCGGGCCCCAAGGGGGUCCCCUGAUCGCGGAAGGCGAGGCGCUGGCAGCGGCUCGCGCGCCCAGGUUUGGGCAUCCCGCGUCCUCCCCCCUUUAAGCCGCGUGCAAAAUGUACACUGUCGUGUUGUCACCCUUCUCCUCUCCUCUCUCCCCUCUUCGCACUGCUUGCCUGCCGCCGCCGCGUUGUCUUGCACGGGGCCCUUCAGCCGCGCCGCCAG